AUGUUCCUUUUGUUCACUGGGAUGGUGAAUUAUCUCAAAGAAAUUUAUCUAAAUGAAAUUGGAUUAGACAUGUAUGUGACAGAAGCAAGACGAUGGGUUAAGAUUGGUGACCAGCUGCUCAAGGCAACUCACCAUGAUUUGGAAAAGGAAUUGGGCAUGAAGAACUAUCUUCAUCGAAAGAAACUUCAGCUGGCCUUGGAAGCAGUCAAUGUCGGACCUAAAGAACGGAUUUCAGUUCUUAGUUUUAAUUGGGUAACAAGGUGGCUUGAUGAUAUUGGAAUCCCGCAGUAUAAGGAUAGUUUUUAUGAUGCACGAAUAGACGGUCUGAUGCUUCAUUAUAUGACUGUGGAUGACCUGUUGUCCCUAAAAGUAACAAAUGAACUUCAUCACAUCAGCAUCAAAAGAGCCAUACAGGCCUUGAGACAUCAUAAUUUUGAUCCGCAGUGUCUCAAACGAAGACCAUCUGCAGAUGAGGGAAAUCUCCAAAAUAUUGCCAAUGAAGUGAUGUUGUGGUCAAACCAUCGAGUUAUGGAAUGGUUAAGAACAAUUGAUCUUUCUGAGUAUGCACCCAAUCUACGAGGUAGUGGUGUCCAUGGAGCCUUGAUGGUUUUGGAACCUCGCUUCAAUGCCGAACUUUUCUCCCAAGUUUUGUCUAUCCCUGCAAACAAAUCGCUUUUACGAAGACAUCUCAGUACACAUUUUGUCUCCCUCAUUGGCAAUGAUCAACAACACAAGAAACGAGAAUUUGAAACGUCUCCAGAUUACCAACCCCUAUUUCCAAAUACCAAAGUCAAGCGUCGUAACAACUUUUUGCUGUUUGGUCAUAAGCGUAGUAAAUCAGAGAGUCAAACAGACAGUUACAUUUGCCCCAUUGAGACACCACCUUCCCAAAAUGGCAAAGACACCCUCGUAAAUGGGGGAACAGCAAAUUACCCACAAAAUAAUGGCUGCAUUAAAGAAGUAAGUAUGCUGUGUUGA